GACGAGGGGAGAGGACGCAUCAGAACUGCUGGUUGCUGGAAAUCACUGGAUACAUUUAUUGCUCACAACCUGGGGACCACACAUUGCAGGAUCCACAUACAUCUGGAGCAAUUACCUAUGGUUUAUUUUUGGAACUGACUCUGAUUUGUGGGAUUUUGGCCAGUCUGGGCUGCUGUGAUCAUCAUGUUAAGCUGUGCGACGGUGGCCAUGCUCUGCUUGCUCUUUGGAUGUCUGCUGCUCACAGGUCAUAGUGAUUGUUCCAAAUUAAAAUCGCCCAAGCUGAAUAUAAAGGAAAAAGAGCUAGUCGUAGAAGCAGGCCAACUGAUACAUCUCAAAUGCAGCAGCCACAAAAGCCACUUUUGGACCUAUCCUGCCAACCUAAACAAGGAAAGAAUAAGUAUUAAAAACAGUGCUUGUGGGGGCCAUCUACGUACCAGGUGUAGCUCAUUGACUGUGCACAAAGCUCGGCCAAGUGAUACUGGGUAUUACAGCUGCACAGUUGCCACGAAAAAUGGAAACAGGUCCACUUCUAUCUACAUAUUUGUUGCAGAUGCCAACAUUCCUUUUGUGGAGAUGCACAGUGAAUUUCCCCAGGUAGUUCAUGUGACCGAUGGAGAAGAACUUGUUAUUCCUUGCCGGGUGACAUCCCCGAACAUAACUGUCACAUUUAAGCGUUACGGCAAACACCCAUUCCCCGUGGAUCAAAAAAACAUCAUCUGGAACAAUAAGAGGGGAAUUAUUAUCCCCAAUCCCACUUUUCAGUAUUCCGAGCUCUUGAGCUGUGAAGCCACCCUCAAUGGAAUUGUGCACAAUACAAUAUAUCUACCACAUAAAGAAUCCAGUACAAUCCACAGUGUUAAACUAGAUGUCCCGGAUUCUAUCCAUCUACUGAGUGGAGAACGGCUUAGGAUACAAUGUUCUGUUAAAACCGAUUUAAAUGCAAGAGCAGAAAUAGAAUGGAAAUAUCCUCGGACUAAAUUUCACAGAAUAGGUUCCAUAAUUAGGAGAAUGGAUGCCUCAAACCCCAAAGUACUCAUGUUCUACAGCACACUGAUUAUUGAUAAUGUACAGAAAAUUGACCAAGGACAGUAUUCAUGCACAGCCAAGAAUGGUCCAUCUACAAGCUCAGUCAACACGACAGUUCGGAUUCAUGCAAAGCCAUUUAUCAACGUUAAACCCAGAACACAAGGUGUCUUGGAAUCUUUUGCUGGUCAGAAAUCUUAUCAUAUUUUAGUUAAAGUGAGAGCUUUCCCUGACCCAGAGGUUAUAUGGUUAAAAGAUGGCCUUCCAGCAGUAGAGAAGUGUACUCGGUACAGUGACAAAUAUUCCCUGACUAUCAAAGAUGUUACUGAAGAAGACGCAGGAAAAUAUACAAUUGUGUUACAGCUGAAGCAAUGGAAUCUGACCAAAAAUCUAACUCUUCCCCUUAUUGUUAAUGUGAGGCCACAAAUUUAUGAAAACGCCAUGUCUUUACACGAACCUGUUCUGUAUCCAUUGGGCAGCAAGCAGUCUUUAACGUGUACAGUUUUUGGCAUCCCACCUCCUAUCAUAACUUGGCACUGGCGGCCGUGUACAAAGAAGAACCUAAAGACAAGAUGUGACUUUCACACAGACAGCAGCAGACAUUCAGCUCCAUUGAUGGUUGGACAGAAUAUCAGCAGCCUUGGAAAUACAAUUCAGAGCAUCAGAGAGCGCACACAAAUGAUUGAAGGAAAGAUUAAGACUGCAAGUACAAUCAUCAUCGAUAAUUCCAGAGCUUCCGGAGUCUACAGUUGCAUGGCCACCAACAAGCUAGGGAGUGAAAGAAGAGAAAUGAUGUACUAUGUAACAGAUAUACCAAAUGGAUUUCAAAUCUCAGUAAACAAAGUGCCUUCUGAAGGGGACAACUUCACAUUAACAUGUUCCGUGAGCAAGUUCAUGUACACAGACAUUAAGUGGAUUUUUUUCCGAACAGUUGGGAACCGAACAAUUCAUCACAGCAUCAACAAACAGAGAAACUCUACUUCGACAGCAUACUCGCUUACUCUGACUGCUGUCAUCAACAAUGCCAAUAUGGCUGACUCAGGCGUUUAUGAAUGUCGGGCCAAAAACCUAUACACAGGCAAAUUUCAUCUGCUGAAAAAAGAGAUCAACAUCACUGGAGGGCUCAACAGCAAAAAGACAGUUGUUUCACGGACCUCUAAACUCAAAAGAAGAAAGAGAAAUUCCACAACACAAAGCCUGGUGACCCAUUAAAGGAUGCCAACAUUACAGAGGUCUGAAUGAUUGUUAUUAAUUAUUGAAGGUACUUAAAUAUGCCUCCUGGAAUCACUGGAGAGUAGCAGUAAAUAUGUGGAACCAUGGGUAUGGGCCAGAAUAUAUCAAACUGCAAACUUGUCCUAUUUAUUACAAGAUACCUUUUUCUCCAGAGAUAAGCCAACCAACCAAAUUGCAGGGAUUGUUUGCUCCUCUGUGAAAACUCUACUAGGAUUUACCAGUAGAUAAUCCUGACAAUAUGGUAUUCCCAUAAAUUAUUUCCAUUUCUAAGAAGGAAACAGAACCUUCUCCAUCACUAAACAUCAGUGGAAAAUGCAAGAGACCGAAGAAAACCAUGUAGCCCUUCGACAGCCAUAGGGAAUUCGUUUUUUUGAGUGCUAGUCGUAAUUGCCCAUGGGUGCAAACAUUAUCGUUCAUAUUAAAUUUUAUCUUGAGCAUAAAGUGGUUAUAUCAUUGCCA